AUGGGUGUCCACGUUUACGCAGAGGAGAACACAUCCCCUGUUGCUCCAUCGAGGCUGUUCAAAGCCCUGAUUGGAGACUCUGAAACCCUCAUGCCCAAGCUCCUUCCUCAGGUCGUUAAGUCCAUCUCGCUCCUCGAAGGAACCAUCGGGAAGAUCAAGGCCACCUACGUCACCAAGGGCGACGAGCCGCCGACUGAGGAGGAUCGCAAGAAAGGGAAAGAAAUAAGCUUGGCCAUGUUCAAGGUUGUGGAAGGUUACCUGCAGCAAAACCCAGAUGCCUACGUUUGA